UGUUGGGAAAAUCAUAACAUUCUAGAGAAGUUCUAACUAGCCAGAAGAAUGGAUAAUCCGGAAAAUCCCAUUUUGAAGAAGGAACUUUACAUCCUUUAUGACAUCUUUGCUGAUCACGAUACGAAUAUAGAAUUCUUCAAGAUAUCCGAGGAUAAUGUUUCCAGCAAUGAAUUGGAAGGGAAUAAGAGAUAUCUCUGUCGGAUUUGCAACACUCAAUUGGAUACAUUUGCAUUGUUCAGCUCCCACAUGAUGCAUCAUUUGCAGGAAAAGAAAUUCCAUUGUCGCAUUUGCCUCAAGAAUGCAAAAUCCUUCACACCCCUGCUGAGGGAUCACCUGAAAACCCAUUCAGCCGAUCCCUGUAUCUUCUGCCCCUACUGUAGGGAGGGAUUCAGUAUCCUCCAGCACAGAUCCUACGAAGAACACCUCCUGACACACAAAGAGUACCAGGAGCAGAUGAAGGAGAUGGGAUUGCGGAAUUUACAGCGAAUGCUGUACAUUUGCAAUGAGUGUGGGAAGAUUUUUUGGCAUCCUUCCAACCUCCAGACACAUCACUUUGCCCACCACACAAAGAAGGUGGUUAAGCAAGUAGAAUUCUCGGACUACAAUUGCCCAUACUGUGAGAGAAAUUUCGAAACUGAAGAUGAAUUUCAUCGGCAUCUGGUGCAGAAGCACAAAGGCAGGGUGAUGCAAAAUAUCGAAGGAAUGCACAGAAAGGGUGCACAGGAGGUGCAGCAGGAUGAUACCCAAAGCGAGGAGCCGAAGGAGCAGCAUUGUCAGUAUUGCAGUGCAAAAAUGUUGGGAAGGGAUGCUCUUAAGGGUCAUAUUCGCAUCUAUCACAGAGAAUUUCUUAAGAACUCCCAUCGUCCUGUUUCCACAAGAACAUACGCCAGAAGUUUAAUCGAUUUAACAUCCCUACAGAAGCAUGAAAAUCAUUUUAAAAUGCUGGAAAGUAUGCGGAACAACGUGGAAAAUCGGGAAAACAAUGAAAAUUCCCAUGGAAAGCCUGCAAACUCUUUAGCAGCAAAGAAGGAGUUCAAAUGCAUAAUUUGUGGAGCAAUAUUCGAUUCAAAAGAGGUUCAGGAGCAACAUACAUGGUCGCACAGGAUUAAGGAAAAACGGGUCAAGAAAAGAAUGAAUAAAAGCAUCGGAUACUACAACUUUGCAUCAAAGGAGGAAGGUGGAUCAACAUGCCCCCUGUGUAAUGUAGUGGUGAAGGAGAAGAAAUGGCUCUACGUGCACAUUGAGAAUUUUCAUAAAGUAUUUUGUAUCAUUUGCAAAAUAUGUGGAUUUGAAGCGCGUAGCAUUGACAGUCUCGAAGGACAUGAAGAUGAGCACAGAGAUGUAGAGGAGUUCCUGCAACCGCAUGUAGUUAAGAAAAACGUUCAAAAAAUUGAUGGAGAAUAUCUGAAUAUUUCUAUGGAGACCGAAAAGGAUUUGGUGGACGUAGGAGUGAAGGAAGAACCGGAUGUGAUGAUUAAACAGGAGCCCCAGGAGGCGAAAAUUGAGAAAAACGAGCAAAUCAGUGUGAUAGAGAUCAAAGAAGAAAUUGAUUAUUUCUUUUAAAAACAAAAAAGGAGUUUUUAAUGAUCUAGCUAGAUUUUUCCCUUGACUGCAUUAGGAAUUGUCAAAGCCCGUUUUUUUUCCCUGCACUACACUACCAUCAAAGAGUUUCCGGCAAGCAAAAAUGACGUAUUUUUGAAGGCAAAUUUCAGGUGGCUAUAUCUUCGAUUGUAAUCAACCGAUUUUCAAAAAUUUACCAGAUUUGGAAAGGUAAGAAAUUUACCUAUACGUCCGAUAUUUUGUCGUAGUUAGGUUAACUUUCUUUACGCCUUAGUGCAGACUACACGUAGUUGUUAACAAGGAUACAUAAUACAAAAUCAAACAUCCUCUUUAGUCACAUUUACUAUGAAAACAGCCUUUAGUUUUUACAGAAAACAAAGCUUCUUAUCUUUAUUUAUACAUUUUAUAAUAAAUUCUAAUGAAUAACCC